GGGGGCGGGGCCCGAGCGCGGCCAACGCCGCGCGGGGGCGGAGCUUACGCUCGCGGCGACUGCGGGUUGGAUGGCGGGCGCGGCCCCGCACUUCCGCCCGCGGCCGGCUGUUGGGUGGAGGCGUGCAGAAAUUUCUUUCGGAUGCAGAAGUCUGAAUAGAGAUGAAUGGAUCCUUACUCCCUCACAAGCCCAGGAGUCCCCACUGAGAGGGUCACUUCUCUGUAGGACAUUUGCCAAGGGCCAGAAUGAGUACGUGUUGCUGGUGCACACCUGGUGGCAUUUCCACCCUUGACUUCCUGAAGAGCUAUGCCUCCAGGACCCUCUCUGGAGAAUUCCAUACAGCUGAUGAAGACCUCUGCUACUGCUUAGAAUGUGUGGCUGAAUACCACAAAGCAAGAGAAGAAUUGCCAUUCUUGCAUGAGGUUUUAUGGGAAUUAGAAACCCUGCGCCUUAUCACUCACUUUGAAAAGUCUAUGAAAGCAGAACUUGCAGACGAUGAUGAUGACGAGUUGUAUAUAGUAGACAGCAAUGGAGAGGCACAGCUGUUUGACUUUACUGGCCAAGACUUUGAGAAUAAGCUUCGUGUUCCUCUGCUUGAGAUACUGAAAUACCCUUACCUGCUUCUACAUGAACGUGUCAAUGAAUUAUGUGUGGAAGCACUUUGUCGGAUGGAGCAAGCCAACUGUUCUUUUCAGGUUUUUGACAAACAUCCAGGGAUCUACUUGUUUCUGGUUCAUCCUAAUGAAAUGGUUCGGCGUUGGGCCAUCCUGACUGCAAGGAACUUGGGGAAAGUAGACAGAGAUGAUUACUACGAUUUGCAGGAAGUUUUAACUUGCCUUUUUAAAGUCAUUGAGUUGGGGCUUCUAGAAAGUCCAGACAUUUAUACCUCUUCUGUCCUGGAAAAGGGCAAACUGAUUCUUCUGCCCUCACACAUGUACGAUACUGCCAACUACAAAAACUACUGGCUAGGCAUUUGCAUGCUGCUGACCAUUCUCGAGGAGCAGGCCAUGGACUCGCUGUUGCUGGGCUCAGACAAACAAAAUGACUUUAUGCGGUCAAUCCUUCAUACCAUGCAGAAGCAGUCGAAUGAUGAUAGCAUGGAUCCUUUCUGGCCGGCCUUACACUGUUUCAUGGUGAUUCUGGAUCGGCUUGGAUCGAAGGUCUGGGGUCAACUUAUUGAUCCUAUUGAAGCAUUUCAAACCAUCAUCAACAAUGUGAGCUAUAACAGAGAGAUCCAAAAUAUACGGAACAGCUCUGUGAGGACAAAGUUAGAGCCGGAGCCAUACUCAGAUGAUAUGGUGACUUGCAGCCAGAUUGUAUACAAUUACAAUCCUGAAAAGACCAAAAAGGAUUCAGGGUGGAGAUCAGCCAUUUGCCCAGAUUAUUGCCCUAACAUGUAUGAAGAAAUGGAAACAUUAGCCAAUGUGCUCCAGUCAGAUAUUGGUCAAGACAUGCGUGUUCAUAACAGCACAUUUCUGUGGUUCAUACCUUUUGUCCAGUCUCUGAUGGACCUGAAGGACCUGGGUGUGGCUUACAUAGUGGAGGUUAUUCACCACCUGUACUCUGAAGUCAAAAACGUCCUCAACCACGCAGAUGCAGGGUGUGACAAAGUCACGGAGUUCUUUCUUCUGAUUUUGGUGUCUGUGAUUGAACUGCACAGAAAUAAGAAAUGUUUGCAUUUGCUGUGGGUUAGUUCCCAGCAGUGGGUAGAAGCUGUUGUGAAAUGUGCCAAGCUUCCCACCACGGCCUUCGCACGGAUUUCUGAGAAGUCACCUGGAAGUUUCUCCAAAGGAACAGCGAUGAUGUCCUCCCUGUCCUUGCACUCAGUGCCAUCUAACUCCGUGCAGCUUGCUUGUGUGCAGCUCAUUAGGAGUCUCCUCAAAGAAGGCUACCAGCUUGGCCACCAUGCUCUUUGCAAGCGAUUCUGGAAUAAGCUUAACUUAUUCCUUAGGGGAAAUUUGUCUCUGGGUUGGCAGUUGACUAAUCAGGAAACCUAUGAGUUGCAAACCUGCUUAAAACAAAUUAUUAGAAACAUCAAAUUCAAAGCCCCUCCAUGUAGCACUACAGUGGACCCGACUUCUGCUUCUAAAAGUCCACUUGUGUCUUUUAAGCAAGAAAAUGAAGAAAUAGAGAAGUCCAAAAAAGACGUGAAUGGUAUGGAAAAUUGCAGCCCAACAUUUACUAAAGAACUGAUCAAAAUGGAGACGUGUCAAAUGCAAGGGAGUCCAUUGAGCAGAGUGAGUAACAUAGAAUGGGAGGACGUGAAGCCCACUUACCCCGAGGAUCUGAAUGGAGACGAUCAGCUCCCGUCUGAGUCACACUUAGUGCAGAGUAGUAAAGGCCCUUUUACCGAAGGAGCUCCAGAUCCAGUGAAACCCAGUAGAGGGAAGCAGAAGUCUGUAAAAGAGAAAUCUUUAUGCACCUCAACAAGUGGUCCGGAAAGGGGGUCUGACAGAGGAGUAAUUGUUUCAACAUACUUGUUGACUGAUUGCAGUACCGAUUCUCUAGAAAAAGUGUCCACAUCAAACGAGGAUUUCACUUUAAAGGAUGAUCAUGGUAAAAUCUCACAGCCAAAGAGUAAGGUGCAUCAAGAUGAGAUCUGUGCAAAGCUGUUCCAUGUCAUACAGCAGCAGCCCAGGAGGAGUACUUCUUCACUCAGUAACGCAGAGGGAAGCAAGACUGUCUGUGACUCAGAGGCGGAGAGCUCCGUGGUAGGGGCUGGCAUCACGCGUGAUCCAUCUGCAGAGCCUGAUGCCAUGCUGGAUGUUGAACAAAAGCCUGAAGAUAGUUUAUUGCUGCCAAAGAAACAAUGGAAGAGUGAAGAGUUAGAUUUUUACUCUCCUCAUGAAAAGAGUUGUCAAAUACAGGAAAGACAUGGUAAAGGUGUGGUCUCAAGUACAGACAUGACCAACAUGUCAGUGACUCAGUCUCCCUUCAAACAUCCUGCCACUGUACUUGAGUCCAGAGAUAAGGAAGCGAACAAAAGUGCAGAUUGGGUCUCUUCUACCAGAGAUGAGGCCUCUGACGCUGCUCCCAAGCCCACUGUCGGAACAGAUGGUCCGGUGGACCGAGACCUCCACAAAGUAGUGGCCCAAGCCAGUGUUAUUAAAUUUCCAUCCAAUUCAUCUAAAAAGAGUUCACCCAAGCUAGAAAGAAAAGUAAAAAGUGACAAAAGGUGUUCCACGGCUAACCAAAAUAGCGUUGCUGACUCCAGCUAUGGGCAGGUGAUUGUCAUUUCAGAUUCUGAUGAGGAGGAGGAACUUUUGGAUCUUCAGAAGCACGCCAAUCAGGACACAGUAAGCAGCACCAAGAGAGAAGUGCCGGGCCAGUGCGACUCGGGAGCGAGUGCUAGUGCGGACAAGUUUAUAAAGGAGGAAGAUGCAAAGUGUAUUCUACUUGAGUCUGAUUCUCAGUUUUUUGAGUUUGAAAGUGCCUCUGAGGUGUUUUCAGUUUGGCAGGAUCAUAAAGAAGACAGCAAGGAUUCAGCCGAAGAUGUGGGAGGAAGCUCAGGUGGGGUGCAUGUGUCUGCCGAGGCUGAGAAAAAGGGUAGCCCAAAACGUGCAGAACCAUGUACUAGAGAUGAGGAACUGUGUGAAAUCGAAGUCAAAAAACCAAGGAGGAAACAGUAUGAAAAACCUGUGGCUAAAGACCCUCCGAGGCCUUCAUCUGUCAGAAAGAAGGAACAGUCUCGUAACGACAAUGACUUGCAAGUUGUGGUCUUGGGGACCACAGAGCCCAGUCCAGCUGCCCUGAAGAGGUCCUCUCCAAAGCUCCGGACGUACUCCAAACCCAUCAGGAAGGUCCCAGCCUCCAAAACUCCUAAGAAGACACAUUCCGAGUCUAAGAGAGGGCAGAACAAGAGUUCCCAUUACCUAACUUGCAGAACAACUCCUGCCGUUGUCCCGCCCAAGAAAUUCCGCCAGUGUCCCGAGCCAGCUUCGACCGUUGAGAAACUGGGGCUGAAGAAAGCCCCUCGGAAGGCAUUCGAGCUAUCCCAGCGCUCCUUAGACUACUUGGUGCAGUUGCGGGAUCACGGCAAAAGUGUUGGGGUUGUGGAAACCCGAAAAAAGGCCAAGUUAAUUUCUCCUCAGACUCUUCCUGUCAAAAACAACAAGAAACUGCUGCCCAAUCAGGAUGAUGUUCAGUUACACAAGCAGGCGAAGCCUAAGAACAGGAAAGAUGUUUUGGUGGGUGAAAAUACCCGUGCCAAGAGAACAAGGUCCCCUGCGGCAGCGAGUGUGGAUGUGGUGAGGCCCGAGUCUGGCAGACCGGAUCAGCACGGGAAAGGCUCAGAGGUGCUUGCCAGCAGCGGUGAAAAGCAGCUCAUCCACCUCUCAUCCCCCAAGGCAGAGACGCCCCAAGCUAAACGUGCUUCAAAGGAGACCAGUGAUGAUUACCUCCUGAACUACUGUGAUUCUAGAGGCCUGAAUGGAAAAGUGCCAGCCAGUGACAUGCCUGCCUCCACUUCCGAGGGCCCUGGAGGUGGUGAGUCGACAGGACGCAGUGGGCAGGUGGCAGUUGUAACCCAGGCUGAGCUGGACUCCGGCAGUGACACAGACGAUGACAACUUAUAUUUAACACAGCAUGACCCUGAAGAUAUGGACUUAUGUUCGCAGAUGGAUGCUGGUUACCCUCACCUGAUUGAAGUGAUACCCAGAGAAGACGGGCUUCAGACCGAAGAUGCUGUGUGUCCCCCUCAGGAGGAGUCUUCAAGUAACACCAAGUGCAAGUACAAAGACUGUGUGGAAACUGUGAAAGCCCAGAGCGAGUAUUGUGCACAGCACUCUGAAGCUAAAGCGGCAGAGGACAAUGUCUUCCGCAAACCUGGCCUGCCUCUUUCUGCAGUCCGGCCUUUGAGACCUACCACUACUAAGGUUUUCAGCUCCAGUGGUAGUUCUCGAAUUGCCAACCUCUCCAGGUCUCUGGACAAUUCAAUCCCAUCAGCUCUAAGAAAUAAACCAACACAGUCCAUUCUGAAAAUGCCCCAGUCCUCCGCAGUGUCGCAGAAGCCGGUGGCUGAAGUGAAGAGCUUGUGCAGUGCUGUCAACCCUCAGAGCCCAACCAGUGCCGUCAGGCCAGUGUACAGACCUCCGUUAGCAGCUUCCUCGCCAGCAAACGCGCUCUCCUCGUCGCAGUCUAUCUCUGACGCCUUCAUUAAAGAGGUCUUAAAGUGGAGCUAUGAAAUGUUUUUGAACUUCGGUCAGUGCGGGGCGCCGCCGAGUCUUAGUCAGUGCAUCUCAAGAUCUGUGCCUGUCAGAUUCCAAGAUUGUGCAGAGUACUUUGAUGUCUUUCUCCCCUUGAUGAUAUUGAAUACUUUUGAAACAAUGGCACAGGAAUGGAUCAGCUCUUCGAAUAAAGAUAAUUGCUAUCAGGUACAGCUAAAAAAGUUUGCAGCUGAUUAUAAAAAAAGCUGGGAGUUUGUGGUUUAUCUGGAUGAAAGUGAAUUGGCUAAACAGCUUCACCCCAAGGAAAAUGACUUGGUGUUUUUGCGUUGUGGGAGAGUAAGUGGAGAGAAGAAAGACACCGAGAGAAGCAACAUGGCAGAUCACCACAUGUACUACUGUGGCUAUGUCCAUAAGUUUCGCCGCACUGCACUCAUGCGCAGUGGGAAAUCGGAGUGUUCCCUUUCCAUCCAGAUUCAAGAUCACUUGCCAGCCAGUUUAAAUGAACUUAUGAAAUGUGUUGUAAUCGGUUCUCUGGUAACAACACAGAGGAAAUUGAAAGCCAUGUCUCUAUUGAGUGGUCGGAACCAACUGGCCAGAGCCAUUCUGAAUCCAAAUCCCAUGGACUUCUGUACCAAAGAUCUACCAGCUAUGUCCUCUGAGAGAAUUCUUAACUACUUGAAAGAUUUCAAUGAAGACCAAAAGAAAGCCAUAGAAACUGCAUAUGCCAUGGUGAAACACUCCCCCUCAGUCGCCAAAAUCUGCCUGAUUCAUGGGCCACCUGGAACAGGAAAAUCAAAAACUAUCGUUGGUCUGCUGUACCGCUUACUCACAGAGAACCCAAGGAAGGGGCAUUCCGAUGAAAACUCCAAUGCCAAAAACAAGCAAAACCGUGUCCUUGUGUGUGCACCUUCGAAUGCAGCCGUUGAUGAACUUAUGAAAAAAAUCAUCCUCGAAUUCAAAGAAAAAUGCAAAGAUAAGAAAAAUCCUUUGGGAAACUGUGGAGAUAUAAAUUUAGUACGACUGGGUCCAGAAAAGUCUAUUAAUAACGAGGUCCUAAGAUUCAGCCUGGACAGCCAAGUUAACCACAGAAUGAAAAAAGACCUGCCUUCUCAUGUUCAAGAGAUGCAUAGAAAGAAGGAGUUUCUCGAUCACCAGCUAGAUGAGCUUUCCCGCCAGCGGGCGUUGUGCCGAGGUGGACGGGAGAUGCAGAGGAAAGAGUUAGAUGAAAAAAUCACCAGAGUUUCAAAAGAAAGGCAAGAACUUGCUUCAAAAAUUAAAGAGGUUCAGGGACGCCCCCAGAAAACCCAGAACAACAUCAUCUUGGAGUCGCACGUCAUCUGCUGCACACUGAGCACCAGUGGCGGCUUACUGCUUGAGUCAGCCUUUCGAGGGCAAGGGGGGCAAGCCUUCAGUUGUGUCAUUGUUGAUGAGGCCGGGCAGUCCUGUGAGGUUGAGACUCUUACUCCCCUCAUCCACCGCUGCAACAAGCUCAUCCUAGUGGGAGACCCCAAGCAGCUCCCACCCACCGUCAUUUCCUUGAAGGCACAGGAGUGUGGCUAUGACCAGUCGAUGAUGGCUCGCUUCUACAAGCUGCUGGAGGAGAGUGUGGAGCAGAACCGGAUUGGCAGGCUGCCGGUUGUACAGCUCACCAUUCAGUACCGGAUGCACCCAGACAUAUGUCUCUUCCCUUCCAAUUACAUUUAUAACAAAAGCUUGAAAACAAAUAGGCUCACGGAAGCCAAUCGAUGCUCCUCAGACUGGCCAUUUCAGCCUUACCUUGUGUUUGAUGUCGCAGAUGGUUCAGAAAGACGGGACAAUGACUCAUAUGUAAAUAUUCAAGAAAUAAAAUUAGUGAUGGAAAUAAUGAAGUUGAUUAAAGACAAACGAAGAGACACUACUUUUCGGAACAUUGGCAUAAUAACCCAUUACAAGGCUCAGAAGACAAUGAUUCAGAAGGACUUAGACAAAGAGUUUGAUAGGAAAGGCUCAGCGGAAGUGGACACUGUGGACGCUUUCCAGGGCCGUCAGAAGGACUGCAUCAUCGUCACUUGUGUCCGGGCCAGUGCCACGCAGGGCUCCAUUGGGUUCCUGGCAAGUUUGCAGAGAUUGAAUGUCACCAUUACACGAGCCAAGUACAGUCUCUUCAUCCUGGGGCACCUGAGGACCUUGAUGGAAAAUGAGCAUUGGAACCACCUGAUUCAGGAUGCGCAGAAGCGAGGGGCCAUUGUGAAGACGUGCGACAAGAACUACAAGCACGACGCGGCGAAGAUUAUGAAACUCAAGCCUGUGCUGCAGAGGAGCCUGACCCACCCCCCCACCGGCGCGCCCGAGGCGGCCAGGCCCCAGGGCGGCCUGCCCAGCAGCAGGCUGGACAGUGGACUGGCCAGCACCUCUUUCGCCGCUUCUCUCUACCACACGCCCUCCAACUCGAAGGAAGUUUCCGUCACCAUCACUUCAAAUGGCCCCGAAAGGCCCUAUCUGCACGAGCGCCUGCGGGACCCACGACUGUGCCGAAGGUUGGAGCUUGACGCCAAGGGGGUGUUCCUCAGGAAUCCACAGCCCUCCAGCCCCCAGCAUUCCGGGGCAACCCCUCCCUUGGGAGAGCCAGGCUUUCCCGUGAGUCACCAGGACCAGGGUGGCAGGGGGUCCACCCCCAAAGUGACCCCUGGGAGCAAUGGCAGAUCUCUCCCGCAGGCCAAGCCCCCGGCUCCCAGCCAUCCCGCACCUUCCAGCGUCAGGAGGGGCCGGAACCCGGAGCCGGGGCUGAGCCACAGGCGGGAAACCAGGGCUUUCAGCAGGGGGGAGCAGGAGCGGUACGGCUCCGUGUCCUAUCACCCAAAGAGGAACUCGUACUGGUCCAGAAGGGGACCCGAGGAGGACGGCGGGUCCAAGAAGAGGAGACUGUUGUAGCGACGCAAGCCCCGGGCCGGCAGCCACGCGAGACCAGCCAGCGGAAACAUCACCUAAGAUGGUUUGGGGGUUUUGUUCUGUUUUGUUUUGCUUUUUCCUUAGAGUUUGUGUGCUGCCGGAGAGCAGACGUGCAUCUCAACGCCUGCGCCUUUGAUCAUUUGCAGUACUUUUUCUCCAUUGUGAAAGCCUUCAGAGGGCGGCGCGGCGCGGGUCAGAUGUCCCUGCCAGCCGGGCUCCCUCCCCGUGGGGUUGGGCUGCUGUGUGGGAAAGGCGGUCAGAUGGAGCGAAUGUUGUAAAUGUUGAGAUGUAUAUUUGUAUAGCAAAGUAACAAAAUGGUUUUGAGGAGUUACCGGGUAGGCUGCUUUUCUUUCCUUCUGCUUAAAAUGUUGUAUAGCAAAUUGACAAAAUCUUUUGAGCAUUUAAUCGGGUAGACCACUUUUCUUUCCCCCUGCUUAACUGUUGUAUAGCAAAUUAACAAAAUCUUUGAGCAUUUAAUCUGGUAGACUGCUUUUCUUUCUCCCUGCUUAAAAUGUUAGUCAUUUUCAACAGAACGAACUAAAAGAGAGAAGUGAGCAGAGGGCAGGCCCUUUGAGGCGCGUUCUGUGGGUUGGGGUGCGCUGGCAUCGCGUGAGUGCCGGGACCUGGAGACGAGUCACCUCGGGACACCCUGCUGCCCGGCACGUGCGUUGACCCAUCGGUGUGCUGAACAUGCUUCUCCCCGGGCAGCAGCGGAUUCCGGAUGCAAGCGGGGUUUCUGGGUUCUUAGUCAGGUUGGGAGCUUCGUGUUGCUUGACUGGCGGGCCGGCCAGGCCGCAGCUUUCCACGGCCGCGUCACCAGGCCGUCUGGAACCACCCGUGGGAAACGCAAUGCUCCUGAAGGACAGGGAGCCGGUGUGGAGCGGGGACGAGCCACCGCCGGAUCUGCCCACAUAGCCAGUGUCCCAAACAGGGAAGGGGUCUGAGUGCGAGCUGUGCCCGCCCGCGGGGGGGGUGGGGUGUGCGGGGUUGAGGACACAGCCCUGGAAGAGAACUGCCUGUGUCCUGGGUUCUUAAGCUAAUAUGGUUUUGACUUGGAAAUCCCACUGAGCCAGAUUGGAGAAAGCAGCGAUGGGGGCUGAAGUGUCGACAUUGUUUCCUUCGGUUAGGGAAGGCUGGGGCCCAGCGCCUCCGCCCGCGCUGUCUCUCUGUGGCCUUGGUGCUGUCUGGUGGUUUGUCCUGGCCAGGAGGAGCAGGCAGGGCCAGGCUGGGCCGGGCAGGGGGGCACCCAGCUCGGUCAAGAAUCUCACUGCUGCUUUGCAGUUUCCUUUUCUGGGAUCUUGGGAGAACUGUGUGGUUUAACAGAGACUUGGGCUUUCAAAGGAGGCAUGACAAAAACAAGCGUGGACGCAGCCUCCCGCCCUGCUCUGCUCUCAGUGACACAGGUGUUCAGAAGUAGCGUCUCCCGGCCAGUGACAUGUGAUCCUCUCUUGCCCGGCGGGUCAAAUUACACAGGAAUUAGGAGUUGCGUCCCGGUGUGUGUGCGUGCGCAUGUGCGUGUGUGUGUGCGUGUGUUCCCAGUGCUGGGGAUUGCACCCAGGGCCUUGGCCUGCUAGGCAAGCACUCCACCACUGAGCCACCCCCCCAGCCAGGCCCCAUCCAUUCUGGAGAAGCAGCCUGGGCCCCAGACCCCCCCUCAGCAGAACAUGUUGGUGUUUCACGUUGUACUUGGAACUCCGUUCCGGUUGGUGGAGAGCACCGCCACAGGCGUUGGGUCGUGGGCCGCGGCUGGGGUGCGGGGUGAGCGGGCAGCCCUCACCUGGCUUUCAGAGAAGGCGCCUGGCUAAUGCCAUUGCUGGUCACCUGGGAAGAAAGCACGUGCUCUACCUGAAAAGCUCCUCUGCUUCUUGCCAUAUAAUUUGCCCGGGAUUUACUGUGCAGUCCAUUUUAUUGUAUGUUUUUGAGAACUAUUAGGAGCAAAUAUAAGUACAUGUUAAUAACAUCCUGUAAAUGAAUUUUGUAUCAAAAAUGUACUAAACUAUUUUCCAAAAU